AGAUCUUCAUUGGCUCAGCUGAUGCAGUUGCGACUUGUUGCAUUGAUAGUGUGUUGAUUAUAUUUUUGGCUGUAUUUUUAGAUAGAAAGUGAAGACGAAUGCAUGAAUAGAACAAAAAAAAGUUUCUUAGGAUGCUAGUAGUAAUCAAAGCAGAUAUGUUUAUUGUGACACAUGCAUUCGUUUCGAAAAACAGUGGUGCUGCUUUGGUGGAUAGUUAUGUAAAUUCAUUGAGCGCUACGUUCUUAUACCGAGACUAAAUUUGAUGGUAAAUAUAAGAAUAGAUUGACGUGAGUGAUACUGUAAAAUCUGUAUGGUAGCAAAUAUCCAGCAUGACUUGGGAUUGUUGGCAGAAAGGUAAGCGAGGUAUGACCGUAUCGGUGUUCUUCUUUGGAAGCAUAUGCCUCUCGGUGCUGCUCGCUUAUCUAGUUUUCGGCGAUAGCACUGAUGAUGAAGGCUUUCGUACAUUGAGAAUGAUUGCGAUAAUGUUUCGACAUGGGGAUCGCUCACCUACAGAGUUCUAUCCAAAUGAUCCACAUCGUAAUCAUCAAUGGACUGGUGGACUAGGCGCUCUAUCGGAGAAAGGUUCUCAACAAAUGUACAAUCUUGGGAAGAAUCUAAGACCUCGCUACUACCGUUUGCUGCCUCCGAACGGUCUCUAUUCUAAGGAUAACAUGUACGUUGAAAGCAGCUACGCUGAACGAUGCAUCAUGAGCGCUCAAAGUUUCAUGGCUGGCUUCUUACCUCCUUUGGAAAACACCAACCCGCUCCCUAUCCCGUGGCAACCGGCAGCGAUCAAUACAAUCCCUAGGGAUCGGGAUACGCUUUUGGCUCAGAAAAAACCUUGCCCACGGUACGAACAAUCUCUUCAACGCUUGAUGAGCUACCCACCUAAGGACAUCCGUGAUUUGAAUGAGAAGAACGCAGCGCUCUACAGGACAUUGACACAAUCAACAGGACAGAACAUUAGUACAAUCUUGGAUGUGGAAUUACUUUACAACACUUUGGAAAUCGAAAAGAACGCCGGCCUUGAACUUCCGGAUUGGACCGAAAAUAUAUUUCCAGAUAAAAUGCUACCAUUGGCAGAGCGAAGUUUAGCACUUUUUACGGAGACCCCUUUUAUGAAAAAGAUUAAAGGAGGGGCAAUCAUCAGUGAAUUGCUGGAUAACAUGAUUAGAAAGCGAUCGGGAAUCUUGAUGCCGGAACGAUCGAUCUUUAUCUAUUCGGCGCACGAUGUCACGUUAGUCAAUCUUAUGCGUACAAUGAACAUCAUUGACCAGACCAGCGGCAAACCAGACUUCUCCGCUACGAUCGUAUUUGAACUGCAUCAUAGCAUCACAUUUGAUGAUGAUUUCGAAGUGAAAAUUGUAUUCUUCUUUAACAGCGAGGAUAAAUACCCGAAGGAGAUCAAAAUACCGAAUUGCGAACACCCCUGCUCGCUUACCAAGUUCAGUCAAUUGAUGGAAACGGUUCGGCUUAAAAGCUAUGAAGAACUGUGUGCAAUUGUUUGAUAAUGGUUUAUUAUUAUUAUUAUUAUUAUUAUUAUUAUUAUUGUUAUUUGUUUUUGUUUUUUUGCUAAGAGUUUAGUGAUUCCAAAUGAUCUGAAUUGUUACCACUUCAAUUGAACUUAAUAAGAUAAUCUCAGUGUGGCCAGCAAAAUUUAUGGUGUUAAAAGAUUAAUAGAGUAUUUGUACCCUUACUAAGAAUAUAGGCUCCUAUCUUCAUCCUACUCAAAACAAAGGAACUGUUUUGUUUCUUAUUAUUUUGUUCUUCUUAUUAAAUAACGGAAUCAAUCGGUGCCGUAGUCGCUUUGUUUUCUAGUAGGAUGAAUUUGGGAGCGCUAGAUUACUAAGUGAACGGUGACCCAACAUUGAACUUAUUUGUUAUAAAAAAUACACCCGAAUGGGAAAAUAAAACGUUUUCAAUCUGAA